CAUUUCAUAAAACCUUUUUGCAUCCAAAUUAGGUUCUUCUACAUUUCCAGUUCCAUCUGCUAUUGUUGUAGUUGUUUCUAAAAAUGCAUCACUAAUCAUAUCUUGAACCCUAUCAUGAUCUACCAUCUGCUCCUCUUGAUGAUAAUUAUGUUCAUUAUGCACAUGAUUCAGUUCUUCAUUAUGAUGAGCAUCCUCAAAAUUAGCAUUACUACUACUAGCUUCAUUUCCCCCAUAACCCUCUCCAUGUUGAUACCAAAUGUAGUAUUGUGGUGUAAAUCCUCUGUUUACUAAAUGAUUCCAUACAGUUUCACUACGUGCAAAUUUUGAAUUCUUGCAUUUUGAACAGGGGCAGAACAUCUUACCGCUUUCCUGCGUGAUCGGUGUACAGCCCGCCUGGUGCAUGAAUGUCUCUAGCCCGUUCAGAAAUGCAUUCGUCACUCUCCCGUCAGAAUCUUUGUGCAAAUACAUCCAACUUCGUAACUCGUAAAUACUACCGCGACCGACCAUUUUUUCUUCUAUUUUUUUUUAAAAUUUUUUUUUUUUCCGUUUGGGUCUUGUGAGGAAGAGAGUUGUGUGUUGUGAGGAAGAGAGUUGUGGGAAAUGACAUAUAUAUAGAGAAAUUUUCGAGUUGGGUAGUUGAAAUAUAACAACGAUUUUACAAGGAAACUUUUACAUGGAUUUUACAUAGUUUUUUUACAACGACUUUACAACGAACUUCGAUAAGUUUUUCACCUAAAUAUAACGGUAACAUGAUUCGUUGUAAUAUUGAUGUAAAGUUUUCUUUUCGACGUACUUACGUCGUAAUAUUACAUGGGGUUUACGACGAAAUUUGGUUUCGUUGGUUUCGUCGUAAUUGCGUUGUUAACCCACCAUUUACUAUUUCUAAGACAACGAUAAGGAACCUGUGUCGUUCGUCUGUCUGCCAAUUCAGUGGAACGACAAGGAGAAAGUGGACGGAAGUGCAGCUGGUUUGUACUUGAGAGGAACCUUUGACGAUGAUCGGAGGUUCCACUCAAGUAUAAACCAACUGCACUUCCCUCCAUUUUCUCCUUGUCGCUCCACUGAAUUGGCAGACAGACGAAUGACUCAUGUUCGUUAUCGUUAUCUUCGAAAUAGUAAUUGGUGGCUCAAUGAGGAGUUGUGUGUUGUGAGGAAGAGAGUUGUGUGUUGUGAGGAAGAGAGUUGUGGGAAAUGACAUAUAUAUAGAGAAAUAUGGUAAGUUUUACAUGGAUUUUACAUAGAAAAUUUACAACGCGUUUACAACGAAUUUAGGUAAGUUAAAGCACAUUGAAUACAUUAACACGAUUCGUCGUAAUGUCGAUGUAACGUUUACAACUAUUUCGCAUUCCACGUACUUUCGUCGUAAACUUACAAUUACUUUACGACGAAAACGUUUCGUCGUAAAUUACCAUGGAGUUUACGACGAAGUUAUGUCUCGUCGUAAUUGCGUUGUAAAGCGUAUGUAAAUUUACGAGGAAAUUAUUUCUUCGUAAAACGCCGUUGUUACUGCUACGUUUUCUUGUAGUGAUAGAUUCCCAAACCGUUGCUUGUUGAACUUUCUUUUGUCACUGAAAGUUAUUCUACUAUUAAAUGUUCUCAUAUCAUGGUUUGAUUUAAAUUACAAAACACCUCUAACAAUUUCUGUCAUGUUUGGUUUUAAAAAUCACGAACGGGUUUCUUUAUCAUUUCAUCAAUUCUAUAUAUACUGUUUUAUUAAUUUUAUAUAGCGUCUGUUGUUCGAUUAUAUUCGGUUUCUUAUCGUUAAACCUAAGAUUUGUAAAUUAUUAAAAGUUUGAUUCUUACACUUAAUUUUAGCAAGAAGUGAGCACGUAACUAUAAGUACAUUGGUUUAGCAGAUAACUAGUAACUGUCUACUAUAAAACCAAAUAAGUGAGCACGCACCUUUUACUGUUUUGAAAAAUACUAUACAAAAAAUAAUUAGCAAAUAAAAUAUUCAUAUAAAACAAAAGAUGAGGGAUAUUUAUAGAGUAGCUACAACUCUUAUUUCAUUCAAGAGACCAUUCUAAAAUAAGUGAAAGUAUCAGGGAGAUCAGCCCUCAGUUUUUCCAUAGGAGUCAGUAAGCUAUUGCCCUGUCAUAAGGUGAAUAUUACGUGGCGGUAUAGACUUGGCCGGGCUGAGAGAUUAUGGGCAGAGCGACAUGGUUCGAUGCCGACGGGACGAAGAGAGGAGGAUGGACGGACGAGGAAGACCAAAAACUCGUCGCUUAUAUCAACGAAUACGGCAUCGGCGACUGGCGUUUUCUCCCUCGCAAAGCUGGUUUGCAGAGAUGUGGAAAGAGCUGCAGACUGAGAUGGCUUAACUAUCUAAGGCCUGGGGUCAAGAAAGGCAAAUUCACUCCUGAAGAAGAAGAAGCUAUUAUCAAUUUCCAGUCUGUUCUCGGGAACAGAUGGGCUGCCAUAGCACAGCAGAUGCCGGGUCGAUCAGACAACGACAUCAAAAACCAUUGGAACUCUUGUCUCAAGAAAAGGCUCGAGAGAAACGGAAUCGACCAAAUGACCCACCAACCAAUCAUUAACCUCGCCGUCAAAACACCGUCGUUCAACAUAGAUUGCGGCAACUCUUCCUCCUCGAUGGUGAGUCCAUCUCCGUCUUUCUCCUCCUCCGGCUCAGCCAGUCUCCUUAACAGGCUUGCCACGGGUAUCUCAUCUAGAGAACACGGUGUCGACAGGAUCAAGAAUAUCUUGUCGGAUCCGAGAACGCCAAUCAUUACUACUCAAGAAGAAGAGUUUGAAGAGCCAAACAAGGAUCAUGGGAAGGCUUUAGCAGGUGAUGAUCAGGAAGAUGAUUUUCUGAUGUGGGACGAGGAAAAUAUGAGGCAUUUUAUGGAUGAGAUUGGUCAAAUGGACUUUGAAACUAACGGAGUCUAUAACCCUAGUUCGUCAUCACCGUAUGGUGUCUAUGAGACUGGCCUACUUGAUGACUGACCUACUUGAUGAUCAUUUCGUUUGCUUAAUAAAUGGUUAAAUAUGAGAGACGAUCGUUUAUGUAUUUACUUACCACAUUUUAUUCUUUUGCACGUUGCGACAAAGAAUAAUGCUAAUCUACCGACCAGGAGAAUAGUUUCUUUAAAGUUAUGUGUCUCGGUUUAAUUAACAUUAGUAUAAAAGAUGGGUGCAGUGAAACAAAAUAAGAAAUUUAUGAUUUGUGAUGAUUUUCUGCUAAUCGGGCAAUUACUUAUUUGAAUUUAAUCAUGAAGAAAAUCUUAUGUAAUUUUUCUUUAUGAGUUAACAAGCAAUUUGUCUGUAUCAGUUGUGAAAAAGGGAACAAGUAGCAAACUAUUUUUUCUUUAAUAAAAUAAAAUAUAUGUUGAUAAUUCAGUCUCAUGCAUUCUUAUCUCCUUUUAUAGAGUAGGUGUUUUAACAAGAAAAAACAAAAGACAAUAAUAAAUUUGUGAUAAUUGCUUUUUUCUUCUGCUUUUGUUUUGGUCCACACACUGCUUUUGGAGUUUAGGUUUUUAUGUAACUUUAUGUAAUAUUUACGAAGUUGUAUUUUUAUUUGGCUAUGAUCCAUUUAUAGACUAAAAAUGGCAAUAUUUCAUUAUUUAUGAAAUAAAUCUGUGUAGUUUUUGCAAGGGAGCGCACUUAUUUAUCGUUGUAUACAUCCUAAUUUUAUAGAAAAUAUACAUUAUAUUCUCUUUACUUUUAUUAACAUUAGCAUGAUUGUUCUUUAAAUUAUAAAAAAUAAUAUUAGCACGACCCCUUACAGACGGUUUAAAAUCAAGAAAUAUUGGCAAAGAAAAUCAAGAUAUAUCGGCAACGCCGUGAGUUCUGUGACAUUGUUGUAUGUGCCGAAAUGUCUAUAUCAUACAUCGUGGCAUAGUGCGGUCCAAACCGACGUGUCAGGACCACAUGUAAAACGAAGUUGUCAUAUAGCCACGUGAAAAACGGACCGACCUCUCUAUCAACUACGUUUUUAAUUUAGUCAUGUGAUAGUUAUGCGCCUACUUAAUUAUUGUGUUACAUUAUUGAAAGCAUACAUUUUUUUGAAUUUGUUGAUUAUUUGAUAAAUUGACUCGAGUUUGUUGUUGUUAGAAAGAAAAUAAUUGAGUAGAGUAAAGACAAAUAUAUAUUGUAUAGUCAUUAUUUAUAUGAUGUUUUUUUUUAACUUUAAAUUUAUUUAUAUGAUGUUUUUUUUUUGAGAAAGGGCUUUAUGAUGUUGUAUAGUCGAAUCUCAGUUUUCGUUUGUAAUUCGAACAGCUUUAGUUGGUAUAAGAAAACUUUUUGUGCCCCAUAUGCUAAAGAAGUUUCGUAGUCUACCCGUGAUUACAAUCAUAAUGCCAAUUUUUUUAGACGUCGUUGCAUUAUAUCUUUCAUCUUUCAUUUCGAUGAGACAAGAUGAGCAGACUCUUUCUUAAAUUGUAACAAUAAACUAAUCAAUGUAAAAUAUAAAGUGAUACGGUCUUAACAUGGUUAUAUGAAAAACACACUAUAUAAAAUAUGAAUAAUAUAAGUUUCAAGAAAAUAUGAAUAAUAUAAAAUAUGAAUUAUUCAAAAGAAUGACGUGAAAUAACAUUACAAAAACAUUAGAAAAACAUUAGAAAAAAAUAACAUUAGAAUAAUAAUUAUUAUAUGUAGAAGUUAAAUUUAAUAGUUGUCUAGUUAUAUAUUAUGAUAAUAUUUUAGCUAAAAUAAUCUUUUAAUAUAUGUCUAUAUAAUUAGAUAAAUUAAAUUCAUCAUUAAUUCCAUUUUUUAAAUUAUCUAUAUAGAAUAUAAAAAAAUUAACAAAAUUUUCUAACUACAAUACAAUUAAAAUGUGUGGUUCCUACAUAGAAAAGAGUUUGAAGUGAGUUAAAAAAAUUAAUUUGUGUUUCGUAUUUGUAUUUUUAGUAUCACAUCAUCAUUUAGCUAUCAUAUCUAUAAAAAAAUUUAAUAAUAUUAUUUCCAUUGGCUGCUGCUGGAACACGUUGCACAGAAUCUUUUGUUUAAUCAACUAAGCUCAUUAAUUAAUGUAAAAAACAUAUGUUGAGAACAAUCACAAGCAAACUGGAUACGAAUCUGAAGUUUUGUUGCAUCGAACGGAUGAAAUUAUUUGUGGUCCCGAUAUCAAAAAGUUGUAUACACUGUAGAUGGCGAGUUGAUUAUUGUUAUCGACCAAUCCCAUCCCUAGGUUUAUAGUUGGCCUUUGAGGAUUGUGAAGAUCAUACCGUGUAGGAAUUCUCGUUUAAACAAGGAACCGAAGAUCCGAGCUAGAAUCCUAACUAAAAUAUCUAAAAUUGGAAUUGGAUCCGAACCCUCAAAUAUCCGAACCGUUCUUAUAUUUCUAUAUCCAAAAUAAACAAAUAGAAUUAGAACCGAAUAAAAAACCAAAAAUACAUGAAUAUAAAAAUAUUAAUUACAUAUAUAACAUAUAUAUAUAUGAUCUAUGAGGUUUGACCAAUGAUUCAUCAAUGCUUUUACACAAGGAAGUCUAGGUUUCGAUUCCUAGAGAAAGCAUAAUUAUGCGAAUUAAUGGAGAAACGACUUGCAAGAGAUAUGCAACAUGGCACAAGGAGUACUGUCAAGGGUGAAUCCGAUAGGGCGGCUCAUGUGAUGCAGUCAGACGUGAAUCUUCAUAAGACAGGUAGAAUUAUCGGCUGUAGAAUUGUCUGUAAUAUUUCUCCGAGUUUAUAAUAACAUAAUAUAUUCAUCGCUAAAAAAAUCACAUAUAUAUAUAUAUAUAGAUAUAUAAUUUAAAAGUCCACCAAAAAUAUUUGAAUUAUCCGAAAGUAUCAUGAUACUUUUAUUCGAAAUAUCCAAAAUAAUCCAAUAUUUUUAUCCAGAUUAUCUUAAUUAUUCGAUAAUUUAUCUGAAAUAUCUGAUAAUUACCUGAAUUAUCCGAAUGACCCAACACAAUCGAACUGAAACCAAAUGGUACCGAAUAUUUUUAUUCAUUGGUUCAUAAAUUUACUAUCUGAAACAUAAUAAACUCGAAACUAUUUGAACCGAACCUAAACCGAAAAUAUGUCAUGAAAAUGAAUCCUCUAUCCCAUUAUCAAAAAUAUCCAAUAUCUGAAAUAUAUUAACCGAACUAAUACUAAAAAAAUCAAAGUCCCAUGCCUAGUAGAAAUUACUGAAAUGAAAAACUUUUAAAAGAAAACAAAAAAUUGAAGAGAUAUCAAAGCGGCUUAGUGGUUCCUUGAAAUUCUCACAGGCGACUGCCUGGUCUCAGUCUAUCGACGUGGUGGUACUAUACCUUUGCAAAUAAAUCAUUCGGGAUUUCCUAGAUAUGAAACCUUUUAAGGUGGAAUUAGUCACUAUAAAAAAUUUACCAACAAUAUCAAGGUGGCCUAGUUUCUUGAGAUUCUCAAAGACGACUGGCAGUGGUCGCAUGUUCGAUAUUAUGUCGGCGCGGUGAUACUAUACCUCUUAAAUAAAUCCUUCGGGAUUUUCUGGAUAUGAAACCUUUCGGGGUGGAGUUAGUCACUAUAAAAUGUUUACCCAAAACAAUUUUAUAUUGACAAUAUAGUAGGACUAUAUCAAAGUCGCUUCUCUCUCUAAAUAUCAUCUCGUUUCUCUCUAAGAAUUUAAUAUAAAAAAAAACUUCUUUUCUUAGCGACCGCUGUGUCCCUUUAGAUGGUCGCCGGAGCUCUGGUUGUGUUUUUUUCUUCCGCUACUCCUCCCUUCCAUCUCUUUGUUCAUCUCUGUACCCUCUCCUUUGACAAGGGUGGAGUUCAGUUGAGGUGGUCUCCGUUUUCAGAUCCGGUGGUUCCGGUUCAAUCUGGAGCGUGCUUGGCGGUGUCGGUGGAGUUAGAUGAUGACCAUUUUCUAUGCUAGUCUCGUCUCCGGUCCGGUAAGGGAUUUUCUGCUUGAAGCAUUUUUCCCUUUCCUCAGCCGAGGCUCUUCGAGCAGGUGGCGCGUAAGUCAUCGAUUAAUCUCCCAUGGUUCCGUCUCCGGUGUAGUGUGGUGCGUGGAUAUGUGGUGACGGUUCUUCAGGCGAGAUUGGAGUUUGUGGGUCCAGAUCUCAAGUCUUUCCUUCUCUUUUUUGGGUCCUCCGGUGGUCUACGGUGGUAGCGCGUGGUGAAUUUCCGCUAGUCGGUCGUUUUCUGAUCUGGUGGUGCUCUGCUGAGCUUAGUUUUGGCGCGUGAAGAGUUCUUGACUUUCCUCAAAGCUGGUGUGAGAUUGACAAUAUAGAGCUCCUCACCGUCCUUCUAUGUCCUCUCGUUCUCUAUGUGGUGGUUAGGCUUCUUUGGAAGCGGUCUUGUCCGAUGGAAAAGCUUUGACGUGAGUUUGGCAAUCGACCUUCAAGUUUCACUCUGACUGUCGUCACUCCAGAGGAGGUGUGCCCAGCCUGUCUUGCUGGCCUAUAUGGGCAGUAGGUUAAACGAGUGUAACGGUCACGGGAUGGUGUGGCGGAGGCAGCAAUCUCUUGUUCUCACUUUUCCAACGUGGCAUUGUCGGUGGUGGACUCCUUUUCAGGAUGUCGAUGAGGCGAUGUUGGAUGGUCUUGCGGUUUCUAGAUGUGAUUCUUCGAGGAGGCGUUGAUGAGUGGACUCCCAUAAGCUGUAGGUACGUUCGUUGCUUCAAUAUUUGAGGGUGCAUUUCUCUUUGGCGACUCGUGGCAAUGGGGGGCUCAGUCCGCUCAAGUUCGGUCUUUUCUGGUCUUGCUAUGCUUUUGUGUAAGUCCCUCUGUUAUUUUGAGGUUUUGUUUAAUUUAAUUUCUUGUAUUUCCGCUAUUUGUUCCUAUGUAUCCUUGUCAAAAAUUAAAAUGUUGGUAUAAUAAAUUUUAACAUUUUGCUAAAAAUAAAAA